AUGGCCUCCAGCGAGCCGCUGGUGCUGCACCUACUGCCCUCGCUGCACGUCGGCGGCGUCGAGCGCGGCGUGCUGGACCUGUGCGCCGCCCGGCCCGCCACCUCGGCUGUCGCCAGUGCCGGCGGCCCUCUCGAAGCGUCGCUCGGGACUGCAGCGAAGCGCUGGUCCACGCUCGCACGUCGUGACCCGCUAAGCGUGCUGCUAAUCAACCCUCUCGUCAUAUCGGCGUGGACGCGCCGGCUCAGCGUGGACGUGCUUCACGCCCACUCACGAGCCCUCGGCGUUAGCGCCGCGAUCGCGCGCGGACUGUGCAGAACGCUUGGCCUGCGACGCGUGCGGUAUGUCUACACAUGGCACGGUUACUACGACACCUCUUCCCCGCUCAAGCGGCUGUGGUAUGCGGCGCUGCUGGCCGCCGACGGACUCAUCUUCCCAAGCGCCGCGCUCCGUGACGCCGUGCGGGCGAGCUUCGGCAGCGCGGUGCGCGCGGACGCCGAAGCCAUCCACCGCGGCGUCCGGAGCGCACGCGAGGCGCGGCGAGACGAGGGCGCUCCAGAGCCGCCUCUCGCGCUUCCGGCUCCCACGGCGGGAAGCUUCCGCGUGCUGCUCCCGGGCAGGCUGUCGCCGUCCAAGGGCCACGACCUCCUCGCUUCCGCCGCGGCGCACGCGCUGGCGGAGGGCGACGGCGUGCCGGCGCUCGAGGUCGCCCUGAUCGGUGCGAGGCCGGCUCAGCUCGCCCGAGGGCGUCUCUCGCCCGCCACGGCAGAGCCGCCUCCGCUCGGCCCCUCCGCGUCGGCGUGGCGCUCGUGCUACGAGCGGCGGCUCCGCGACGCGAUGGACGCGGCGGCGCGGGCAGCCAACGCGAGGCGGCCGGGGCGGCUGCGCUUCGAGUUGCGUCCGCACGGCGCCCUCAGCGCCGCCUACGCCGCCGCCGACCUGGUCGCGGUCCCGUCCCGCCGGCCAGAGGCGUUCGGGCGAGUGGUCGUGGAGGCGCUCGCCGCCGGCCGCUUGUGCGCAACCUUCCACCACGGCGCCGCCUCGGAGGUUGGCGCCGCCGUGCUGCGCGCCGCCGUGGAGCACGGGCUUCCCCCGACGCUCCUCCCGCGCGGCGUGCUGCUGGUGGGGCCGCUCUUCCUCGUCGCGCCGUCGCCACCAUCACCGCCAUCGCCGCCACCUUCACCUCCUCCAUUCAGCCCCCCCUCCUUCAACGCCGCCUCCCUUUCCACCGCCGUCAUCGCCGCCACCAUCACCCUUGUCUCCGCCACCGUGGGAUCGCAGGCAAGCGCCACAAUCGGUGCAGUCAUUGGACCGAUUGCCGGCGUGAUGGGUCUCGCCGUGCUGCUACUUUUCGUGUACUGCAAGUACUGGCGACCUAAGUCCAGGAUGUACAUCAGCCACGAGCACGACAUCGACGUCUUCGUCAAGGACAAUGACGAGCCGUUGGACCUCAAGAGCGUGUUCACGGUCGCGCUGAGCGGCAAAGUCAAAGGCAGCGUGAAGUAUACGCUGGAGAGGUGCCUCUGCUGCUAUGGCAUGCCUCACGGCUGCGACUGGCCGGCGCGCCUCGGCGCGUCAGCUCGGCUCGGCGUAGCGAUAGAGGAACAUGUCAUCGCCUUGCGCGUCUACACCACAUGGGCCUUUCGUGGUCUCAACAACCCGCUGCGCGACACCAAUCGCGGCCGCCCCCACCCAUUCCCGGUCACAAUUGCCUUUCUGCGGGACGCGAUAUCCAAGCUGCGCGCCGUCGGGGCUGAAGAGGACGCGGCUAGGCCCACGCUAGAGGAGGGCAAGAGCGAGACGCGCCUCGACUUGUGGCGCGGCAUGCGCGGCCUCAAAGAAACCAAGGAUUUCAUGCUGCAAGGGGGCACUGAGCUCGCCCCAAUGUCGACGACAACCAAGUUGGAGGUGGCCAUCGCGUACUCUGACGCCUCAACCUCGCUGAUCUUCAAGAUCCGCACCGACACGUUCAUGCAGCGUGGGGCAUCGAUCCAGUUCCUUUCUGCUUUUCCCGAUGAGGAGGAGAGGUCGUUGUCCAAGAACUUCAAGGGCCGAAACUUCAAGGUGAUCGAGGUCUCACCACACUUUGGCGGCUGA